UCUGCAGAGUGAAGUUGAAUAAAUAUAAUGUCAAGCAGCUCACAAGUUAUAACUUGCAAAGGUAUCAUAUACCAUAAUCCCAAUCUGGCAGUUUCAAUUUCGUUCUUCCUGAUUACUCUAAUGCCCCGUUUGGUAUCAUGAAAGAGCUUUGGAAAGCAGAAGCGGAAGUAGAAUUAGAACUGGUAGAAGUGAGAUUUAAAACAUGUUUGAUAGGAUGAUGAAAGUGAUAUAUAAUUUUUAAUUAAAAUAUGUAUCUGUAAUUUGAAAAUACCGAAAUUUGCAAAGAAAAUCUCUCCACCUCCACCUAGUGUCAACCUCUGUACCCCACCUUCAUCUGAUCGCCAUCCUCGCCGGCAGAGCAAGAUCCAAAAGAACAAAUGGAAGGAACUGGAAACAAUACAUGGAUGCAAUAAUCUCCAAGUCAAAGCAAGAGCGAGGUCGAAGCAAACAAAGUCGUGAAAAAGAAAAUUCACAACUUCAAACCAGAUGUUAGUUUUAUCGAACCAGAUCUGAAGAACUAAACUCAGAUCAAAGCAUUUUCAACCACCUGGCUGAAUCGCGUUUGCUGGUGACGAUAACGGCGUCAAGCUCUUUGCGGGAGAUGAAUAUGGGGUCGUGUUCGCUGCUGGAAGGCGAGUUCAUGUUUGUUGCCAUCGCGAAUGGAAAGCCCACCGUGGCCGUCGCAAGAGGAGGACCAUGCCGCCGUCGAUGAAGGAGGACUAUGUUGCCGUCGCCGUGGAGGCUCGUCACCGGCAGAGGACCAGUGGACGUUGGGUGGGAGGAAUAGAGGAAGAAGACGAUAAGAUGGGGGAGGGGCAAAAACGGUCAGAGUUUCAGUUCCAUGGGACUGGAACUCAGUUCUCAUGGGGGGGCUAUGGAAGUGGCAGUUCCCAGAUUUGAUGGAAUUGGCACUUCCAUAGAAGCCAGUUCAAGGGGGCAAUAUGUUGGGGAAAAGGAGAGGGAGUGAAAGUUGAAGAGAUACAAGUAGACCCUCCUAAAGCCUCUGAAGCCCGAGUUAAAAUGCUCUAUGCCAGUUUGUGCCACACAGACAUCUUGAGGAGUCGAGGAUGCCCAUAUCCAGUUUUCCCUCAAGCACUGGGGCAUGAAGGCGUAGGGGUUGUGGAGAGCAUAGGGGAGAAAGUGACAGAUCUCAAAGUUGGAGAUAUAGUGAUUCCAAUAUAUAUUGGGGAGAGUGGAGAAUGUGAGGUCUGUGUUUCAGGGAAAUCAAACUUAUGCGUGAGAUAUCCUCUAAGAGUGAAUGGCCUUAUGCCCGAUGAUACAUCAAGGAUUUCCAUAAGAGGACAGAAAGUGUACCAUGUGUUUAGCUGCUCAACAUGGUGUGAGUAUAUGGUUAGUGAUGAGAACUACCUUAUGAAAGUUGAUCCAAGUAUUGAUUUGGCUCAUGCUAGCUUCAUCUCUUGUGGAUUCUCUACUGGUUUUGGGGCUGCUUGGCAGACAGCCCAAGUUCAAAGUGGAUCAUCUGUGGUUGUUUUUGGCCUUGGAGCUGUUGGGUUAGGGGCGAUAAGUGGAGCCAAGAUGAUGGGAGCAACUAAGAUAAUAGGUGUUGACAUCAAUGAGAAGAAGAGAGAAAAGGGGAAAGCUUUUGGAAUGACAGAAUUUAUAAAUCCUAAGGAUCACUCUGAUAAGCCUUCUUCUCAGUUGGUGAAGGAUCUUACUGGUGGAUUAGGUGUGGAUUAUGCCAUUGAGUGCACUGGUGUUGCCCCUCUGCUCACUCAAGCCCUGGAAUCCACAAAAGUGGGGGGAGGAAAGGCAAUAGUAAUCGGUGCAGGAACCGAGGAAUUUGUGCAGGUGAACUGGUUAGGUCUUCUUCUUGGAAGAACUUUAAAGGGUUCUGUUUUUGGAGGCUUAAAACCAAAAUCUGACCUUCCUGUUUUAGCUGCCAAAUGCCUAAACAAGGAUAUCUCUCUUGAUGAACUUCAGACCCAUGAAAUCCCUUUAACAGAGAUAAGCAAAGCAUUUGAGAUAUCAAAACAGCCAGAAUGCGUCAAAGUUAUCAUCAAGAUAUGA